UGUUUUGCUGCUGGUGACAGUAGGGAAAGUGCAGGCAGCGGAUGAUGGAGAAAAAGCGGAGGAGUUCGGGAGCCGGGGAGGAGACACCGGGGCCCCAGGCCAAGAAACCGAAGUCCCCGGAAGUGGAGUUCACAGGGACCCUCUUCAAAUCCUUGUUAAAAGACCCCCAGUCUGCCCUGAGAGGUUUGCAGCAAUUUAUCAAUUUAUCAAGGAGACUGCCAAAUCCUGCUCUGUACGAUGUGGUGGAGGGUUACAUUAAAAUAUCUGUGGAGUGCCUCGAAAUCCUGAAACUUCUGGAUGGGGAGAAGCGUCCGGAGAGUGAGAUGAUCGUCAUUUUUCAAGCCCUGGAAGCCAUUUUGCUGAGGACAGCCGGUGACUUGGCACAUCUUGGUGUAGCUGGGGUCAACAUAGUGAAGAACUUGCUGAAUUCGCACAUGAAGCUGAUCUAUUCAUCCGUCUACUCAGAAACCCACAGGAUGUCCCGCAUUGGCCUCAAUUUACUGUCUGCGAUGGUCACACAAGGUCCGGACUGUGCCAGGGACGUCUUCAGCCAUUUUGAUUUUACUAACAAAUUUUUACCAGGAUUGUUAAAAAAGAGAGAUAAGCAGGGUAGACCGGAUGUCCGAAUGGCUUAUAUCCAGUUUGCACUUUCCUUCUUUAUGUCUGGUGACAACAAUACAAUUACUCAGGUUCUGGAGCUUAAAGAUUUUCUCGGAGAAAUAUUCAGCACCGGAAUAAAGGAAGACCGAAUGUCAACCAUAAACCUGUUGCUUUCUCUACUGCAGACCAAGGUCAUUCAGAAUAAGGCAGUCACCAAGACUCAGAAAGUGCGCUUUUUUACGCCCAUCCUUUUAAACCACAUUGCCUCCCUUUACCGCUGGAACGGCAUUGCAGAUGUGAGCACGCAGGACGUCCAGGACACAAAAGAUCCAAAAGAAGCCGGAAGACUCAUGAUCCGGGAGCUGGUGCACAACUUCCUGAUGGAUCUUUGUUGCUCCUUGAAACACGGCAUCAAUUUCUAUGACCCCAGUCUUGGGACAGCUGCAAGGGCUGGUAACCUGGUCCUUCUGCGUUUUAUUGUUGGACUGAAGACUGCAACUGAAGAUGAACUGGUGGGGACUCUGGUGGUGAACAUACUGAAGGUUUGCCCGGACUUGCUUAGUCGAUACUUUAAGGAAAUUCAGUACUCCUUUAUUCCUCGAAUCAAGUCGACUUGGCUGGAUAAUGUAAAGCUACUUAAAAAGAUUUAUGAGGCCCAGCCUCCGGUGUCUGUGGCUUUCAAGACCACCGAGUUUGUCCCGCUCCCACGGCUGAUCAGUAUGGUGAUGAUAACUACUGUGGCUCCCGCUUGCAACAAGAACAUGUUCACUCAGGGGUUAAAUGUGCCAAAUAAAAUAGUGAAACACGCCAUCUUGACGCUCAUGUCCUCUGUCCUGAAAAGGGCCGAGCAGAACAUCAAUCAUUGUCUUAAAGAUGACGAAUGGCAGAAGUCUGACAUCUACACUCCUGCCACCAUGGCGGAUUUUGCCCAGAAAUACCGAGAGGCUCUGGGCAAGCUCCUGCCGGAUGUUAACACCGUAGUAGCCACCUGGCAGUCACUGCUAAAACCAGAAGAGAUGGACCCUGGGGAAAAGGGAGAAGACGUUAAAGGUCUCGGUGCAAAUAAUGUGACCUCAGCGUCUGAAGAGUUUCCAGGACUGGAAAAAGGGGACAACAACGAUUUCCAGAGCACUCUCUUGAAGGCCUCUCUGCUGCGCGUCCUGUGCUUGUACCAGAGGGUGGUGCCCCAUUUAGUGUUGCAGAGUAAUUUCGAUUUCAGUAAACUGCUUAGAGGAAUCGUGGACGAGGGGGGCAUCCGUAAGGAGGUGCCACCAGUGCUCCAGCACCAGAUCCUUCAGGUGGCGCUAGAGCUUCCAGCCAGCAAGUUUUCUUGGUUUAAAAUGCAGGAUGUGGCAGAUGUUGGAGGGGAAAAGUCUGUAUUUUAUCUGCUCCUGAAAAUGUUUGCGACGUGUAACAAAGCGCAGCUCAAGUCAUCAACCCGACUGUUAGUUAUUAAGAUUCUGCGUGACAGCGGUGUAUUUGAGCAUACCUGGCCUGAGCUGGAAAUGUGGCUGAGGAGACUGGAUGAAGUACAGGAGAGCGCCCACGAGGUGGUCAUCCACUUUUUAGAACAGGCAUUAGUCAAGGUGAUAUCAAAUCCCUACCCGUUCACUGAUAAAGUCACUGACUAUGUACAAGAAGCCAGCAUGCUGCAGAUGAACGCCGGGAAGCAGGAUUCAGACAGCGCCAGCAUUCCCAUCUCGCACAUUGAUGAUGUCAUGGACAUGGUGGAUGUCAUCGUGGAGAGCAGCGAAGGUCUGGAUGAAGAAGUUGGCUUUUCUCUGGAUGAAGAAACGAUCCUCCAGACUUUUCCCUUUAGUCCUAUGGUCAGUGUGGCUCUGGAGGCCAGAAAUAAGCUGCUGACCUCUGAGGAGUCUGGAGAUGCGGACCCCGUGGUACGGUACCUAACCUCCAUAUUGACCGAUGUGCUCCAUAGCCAGCGGGACCCUCUCGCCCUCUGCCUGGCUCUCCAGUCCUAUGAUGAGGAGUUGCACUCUUUGGACACAAGUUCCUCGGUUUACUGCCGUCUUCAGAACUUUCAUGACUAUUACAGCUUGUGGAUUCUGCCAUCAGCUAAAAAGUCUCUAUUCACCAAGCAGGCUAAUGACACGGUGGAAGAGGAGGAGGACGACUCCUAUCAUUCUCUCUUGAAGAAGGUGUUUGCGAGUAGUAGUAUAGGAGAAGACUCCCAGGAGAAGCUGGAGGACUCCAUCUCACGGAUUUCCCAAGACGAGUUUCCUUUAGCAGUAAAACAUGCCCUACUGUGUCUGAAGACUACUGUGGACAACUUCAGCAAGCAUAAAAAAGCUACUGGAGCCAAUCUGGUCAGCUUGUACCUGGAGCUUCUGAGCUGCCUCCUGUGUAAAUACCAGAGAUUGUAUCAGAAUCAAGAAGAAGAAGAGCAGAAAGCGGAAUCUGAUCUGUUUUUUGAAAGUGACACAAGCGUGGACUCUUCAGGAAACACGAUCUUGGACAAAAUGCUUUCUGUAAUCUUCAAGCAUCCACUAUUGGAAAGUUGGUUCUUGGCCUUGGAAAGUCAGUCUGCCCCGAUGCACAGCCUAAACCCUGUCUCUGUUAAGCUGCUGUCUACUCACCUUAACCGGGGUUUAAUUCAGUUGCUGAAAACCAGUGCUCCCCUGCAGCAGCAGGCCAACAAUCUGCAUCUGGUGGCCAAAUAUUUUGAUGCCAUUUCUAUUAGCGUCCUUAAAGUCCUGGAAGCACCCACAAAGCCCUCAGCUAAGAUGGCGACUGCGCUAGAAGCUUUGCAGUGCUUACAUCCUUACAUGGACACCAUUCAGCUGAAUGAAAUUACCCUAGCCCUCUUGAAGCUUCCUGAAAAAUGUCUUCUUCAGGACCGGGAUGAUUCCUCUGAUCAAAAGUUAACUAACUAUGGUACACUUUUGUUGCAACUUCUUAAUGAUAUUCAUCAAAGAAAACUGUGUCAAGAUGAUCUGACGUUCUCGGUGGAGUAUGCUAGAGGAGUUGGUCAUCUUUUGUCAACGUCGGCUGGGUCCGACCUAGAGAUUGUCCUCAUUGAUGCUCUGCAGAGAGAACCCGCGUUGACACAUGUGGUCGAGGUCGACACUCUUACACAUUGUCUUAGCAAGAUGAGCAAAACCUCUCUGGUUAUUGCUGGACUCUUGGUCGAGCACAGUAGGACUCACAGGCUCCAGUUUGAGCUUUGGUGUCUCCAUUCUGGAAGGGAGAAGGUCCUGAGAAAGAAGAUAGAGACGUGUUUGACUUUGAUCAGUACCUACCUUAAAACCGCUGGCCUGUUCCAGUUUACACGGCCUACAAAAGUGUCGUCUGCUGUUCUUCGCGUACUGAAGGAGGCUUUCUGGGACAAGCUGGUGAAGGCGGCGCUGGGGACAGAACCCUCUGAGAUGACAUCGGGGCAGAUCUCUGUGCUUUCCAAACUGGUCACCAUAGCUGAAAAGAGUGAACUCGGCAAACUGAUGGAUGAGCUUCCCAAGGUCCUGGCACUACCUUCUUCUCAUGUAAAAUGGGCUCUAGCUGACUGUGUAUCACAAGCUGCAGACUGUGCCGGGGUGAAGGGCUGUUCUUGGCAGAGGUCUCUCUUGGCAGCCUGUAUGAAGUGUCUGACUACCACAUAUGGCACCCAUAAAGAACUGGAGGAAGCGGCACCGGAAGAGGAGAGAGCUCUGCUUUCUCGACUUAAGGAUCUCAUGUCGCUGGUCAAGGAGGAUGUCCCAACUGAAUGGAACGGCCUAGUAAAAAGCGGCCUAAAAUAUCGCUAUACGGACUGUGCAUUUCUGGAAGCAUUGCGUGAUGGAAUCGAGCAUUGGUAUGAGCCGGACAGCCCCGGUACGAAGGAUUUAGUGCAGUUGCCGGUUGUCCACAUGAUGGUGACACAACAUUCGCUGUUUCUACCCAGUUUCCUGCGUGCCAGAGAUGAGGAGAGCUCCUGCAACGUCAUUCGAGAAAUCUUGGCUGACCUGUUGAGAAGCAUAGUCACCAAGUGUCCAUCCGUUUGUGACCGAAACCAUUUUGCUGCUAUACUUGGGGCCUAUGGAGCCACCCUCAGUGUAACCGACCAGAAAAUCCUGUUCCUGCUGCAGGCCUACGAGCAGAACAAUCUAAGCCUCACUGAUUUCAGAUUGCUGUUGUGGGGCCCAGCUGCUGUGGAGCAUCACAAGACUCGGAAGAGCUUGGGAAAAUCCCUGUGGCAGCAGCCGAGCAUGGAGGAAAUUCUCACCUUAUUAGACAGAGAAAAAAUGAUGAAAACCGUUCUGAACUUCCCACUGCACCGAAAGCUGACCGCUGAGCCUGGGAAGUACAUCUUGUACAAGGAUCGGGCAAUACAAGAUUUACACAAUAUCUACGAUCCUUGCUUCUUAUUGCCACUUUUCAGUGAACUGCUCAGACCAGAGCUAGUGGUUGACUGUCUGAAGUUUGUGGAAACGAAUGCCCUGGGGCUCACAUUGGCUGCACUGAGUAGUUACGAUUACAGCAUGAGAGCAGCCGCUUAUCACAUCCUGGGCUCCUUUGUCUCUCACAUGGAAGGGGCACGCUUCCGAGAUAAGAAGCAGCUGCAGUGUCUACUAGACGUGGUAAAGAAUGGCAUCCGACAGGAAAAUAUCAGACUGACGUUCGCAUUGAGUCUCUAUGGGGCUAGGGCUGCCCAGGUGCUCCUCAAGCCAGAGGAACAUAUGUAUAUCCGGACAACCAGGUUCCUGUUGACUCAUGAAUACCUGGACCUGAGGAAAGUUCCAGAUUUCUACAGGUUGUUCUACAGCUCUGACAUAGAGCAUAAGGUGGAGCGUGAAUGGAUUCUGUCAUUAUUAAGCGAUGGAAUGAGGGACAAGUAUUGCUAUGAGCUGUAUGAUUACCAGAGGAUUUUCAUGGUGAUUAUGUGCUACUACAACAGUCCCCUGAGUGAUGAGGCAUCUCAGGCUCUUGUCAUGGACGUGUUUAUGAAAGCCUCUAAAAUCCCCAAAGCAGCUUAUGAACUGAUCCGAGACCACAGCCUUCUGACCUGGAUACAGAAUAUACUAGGAAAGUGGUACGUGGAGAAUAAAACCCUGGGCACUGUGAUAACCUUACUUAACAACUUGUGGUUUACGAAUCUCGGGAAUAAAGAGAAGCCCAAGUCUAAAGGAGAAGAUGAUAAAGCCGGAGAGCAAGAAAAGUUCCUCCCGCUUCACUUAGUGAAUGAGAUUCUCUCAGUGCUGCUGAUCCUACUCAGACACAUUAGAGCUAAUAUAGAUGGCGUCCACAUUAACCAGUAUUUUGGCAUGUUGAGCUCCGUUCUCCGAUACCGCAGAAGAGUCCUGGAAGCCUUCAGAGAAAUGGGGCGGUUUGUCAUUAACCAGCAGAUUUUGUCUAGCGGUAAAACGCUGUUACUGCUGCAAAAGUGGAGCGUCAUUGAGAAGGACCUGGAUCUGCAGGAGAAACUGAGCAGCCUGGCGAAGCAAUACCGAAUCAAGGAGCUGAAAAGUUCUAUCAAAGAGAAGUUUAGACAGCCAGGCCCUCGGCGCAUGAAGAAGAAAUUUGAAGCUGAAUUGGAGACGGAGGAGCAACGGGUCUCUAAUCUUGAAGAAUCCAAAAGCUACGUGAAGUCCAUAUUGAUACACUGGAAACCUUAUUUUUUGGACUCUUCAUCUUCGGCCUCUGCAAAAGAAAAAAACUCAGGUCAGAUGGAGAUGGAGAGCACCACAGAAGAGGGUGCAGCCAACGACGAGGACACCACCGGUGAUGAUCUGGUGUGUGCCACCGCCUGCCUAGUGACAAAGUGGAUAAUGGUGGUAGAGCGUGAGCACGCUGGAAGCAUUCAUGAUCUCUGUGCUUCUCUGCACUGGCUGCAAACCUGUAUUUUACCACAUACCCGUAUAGUUCAAGAACUUCUGAAAGACGGUGUGCUGAGGAGCACCCUGUAUAAACUCUUCUACAGUGUCUGGGAUAGUUGUGACUCCACACCAGAAUUUUUGGACUUGUCUAGCCAAGUUAUGAUGAGCAUGAUGGAGAGGCAGAACCUCAGUAAGGAUAUUUCCCUUAAUGUUGUGAGGGAACUGUGCCUUCAGCCUGGUGACAAUGCAGAUGACAUGCAGGAAGCUGCCGGCAGUUUCAUGGCGUCCCUUUACAUCGGGGAUAUCUGGCUUGGCGCUGACUCCCCCCUUAUGUUUAAGAGUCAUGUGAAGCUGGUAUGUGACGCAGCGGCCCUUAAGGUAUGGCCGGCAAAAGAAAAGACUCCUGACCCAAAAAAGAGGACUGAGGAGCAAGAGCCCAUUGUGCCUUUGUGUAGAAAACUUUCAACGGUGUUGGGCAGAAGUUAAAAUAUCUCCUGGUGGACUGGAUUUCUGACGGGUUUCAUGGACCAUGAAGUGAAAACCCGGAGCCGGAUGUGGAUUGCGCCUCCCGUCUGAGAAUGUGUAGCAGGCAUUCUGCACAGCGUCAGGAUGAUCGGGAUAAAGCCUCCGCUUUAAUUUGGGUAUUUUCCAAAGUGCCUUUUUAUUGUUCACAAAUCGCCACCGCUUAACCUUGAAAUCGGCGCUGUCCAUAAAGAAAUCAAGGGUGACAAUGAUGUCCUCCUAAAGUUAAUUUUUACUAUUUAAGUGUCAUUCAUAUACAAGUGUUUAUUUUUAAAAUUACCUAAAAGAUUUUGGGGCCCUGAUCUUCCCAACAGAGCAAUUCAUAAUGUGUAACGAGGUCACCCGACUCUGCCUAGUCUAGCAGAUGAGGCUACAGCUAGUCUGACUGUUGCCAGAUUAUCGGACAUUCCAGAUUAUUGAACACACAGUGCAUUAAAAGACAGAGGAUACGUAUAACCCUGGAAUCAUGGGGCCUCAUAACAAUGCUCAGAAUGGCACCAGUGAGAGAUUCGCCAAAUGUACGAUUUAUUAUUUUAUUAAAAUUGGUGUCCAGAGUCCUUUUUAAAAAUAUAUUUUUAUAGGGCUUAUAUAUGAUUUAAAAAAAUACAGCUUCAAAUCCCCAGCUCGCUAUCACACAGUACAGUGGUAAAGGGAUACUCGUUAUUAUUGGGUUUAUUACGGCUCUGUCCUUCCCGGUGAGUACUUAUAACUAUGUUCUUCUUCCAUACUCAGAAGCACUGCACUCUGGGUCUCCUGCACACAAUUCGGCUGCCAGCUACUAAUAAAACAGCAGAGGGUCCUAAUCACAGUCCUGGUUGAGCGCCCCAUGUUCUGCUAGCUUGGAUCCAAUACCAGUCAGCGGCCUCUACAUGGGAACUGUUCCCCUGGCUGCAGAUGUCCCUUCCAUCGCUCAUGCAUACACACACCACUUGUGACACAGAAGUAUUUCGGUUAGGACAUUAUAACUAGGAGUUUGCACAAAAGUGAGC